GGAGGCAGAGCUGGCGUUUUUGGGGGGGCGGGAGGGGUGGGCCCCACGUCUCCUGUGUCUGCCCUGCUCAGUGAAUGGAGAGAGGGAGAACUGGCCAGCUCGCUUGCCCACCCCGUACCCCUGCUGCUCUUGCCGCCACCACCACCGCCGUGCUCUGGACAGCCUGCCUGAGCCCAACCCCUUAUCCCCCACCCCAGCUUCAGCGCCAGGAGCCCAGCUAGCUACCCGGCUUCCCACCUGGGCAGGUUGGGCUAUGCGGAGCGGGGCAGCCCGAACCCCUUGGAUGGAGCCCCCGCCACCCCGUGCGCCUCUUUCCACUAGCGUCCCGUGCGCCUGAGCUCAGGAUCGUGCCCGUUCCCCGGCACCCCCUCCUACGAGCCUCGUAGGGCCCCCUGCCCCGCCCCCUCAGGCAGGAGCGCCGGUUCUCUAGCGCCUUGACUCCCUCCCUUUCCCCCUCCCCCGCCCGAGGCCGCCCCCGGCUGCGCUGCGCUGCGCCCAGCUGCCGGCUUUCAGCUUCGCCGCAGCCUUCUUCGCUGCAGCCAACGCUCCAGCGGCUGCGCUCGGCUGCAUUCCGGCCGGCGGGACAGUCUCCGCCGGGCCCCGAGUGCUGCGCUGCGCUGCGGGCACAAGCGCGGCCAGCCUGGGCCCCCGGACAGCAUGGCCCUCAGUCGGACAGGAGCCGGCUCCGCGCGCCUCUGGCGGGCGCUGACGCUGGUGCUCGUACUGGUAAGCGCCUUGAGCUGGCCCCCAGUCUCAGCCUGCCCCACCAAGUGUACCUGUUCGGCCGCUAGCGUGGACUGCCACGGGCUGGGCCUCCGGGCGGUGCCCAGAGGGAUCCCUCGCAACGCUGAACGCCUUGACCUGGACAGAAAUAAUAUCACCCGAAUCACCAAGACGGAUUUUGCUGGGCUCAAGAAUCUUCGAGUCUUGCAUCUUGAAGAAAACCAGGUCAGUGUGAUAGAGCGAGGGGCCUUCCAAGAUCUGAAGCAGUUGGAGCGCUUGCGUUUGAACAAGAAUAAACUACAAGUUCUCCCAGAAUUGCUUUUCCAGAACACCCUGAAGUUAACCAGAUUAGAUCUGAGCGAGAACCAGAUACAGGGAAUCCCGAGGAAGGCUUUCCGAGGCAUCACUGACGUGAAGAACCUGCAACUGGACAACAACCAGAUCAGCUGCAUCGAAGAUGGAGCCUUCAGAGCCCUGCGUGAUUUGGAGAUCCUUACCCUCAACAACAACAACAUCAGCCGCAUCCCAGUCACCAGCUUCAACCAUAUGCCCAAGAUCCGAACCUUGCGACUCCACUCCAAUCACCUGUACUGUGACUGUAGCCUGGCCUGGCUUUCUGAUUGGUUACGGCAGAGGCGAUCCAUUGGCCAGUUCACCCUCUGUAUGGCUCCUGUGCACCUGAGGGGCUUCAGCGUGGCUGAUGUUCAGAAGAAAGAAUACGUAUGCACAGGCCCCCACUCUGAGCCUCCAUCCUGCAGUGUCAAUUCAAUUGCUUGCCCAUCCUCAUGUACCUGUAGCAACAAUAUCGUGGAUUGUCGAGGAAAAGGCUUGACAGAAAUACCAGCCAACCUGCCAGAGGGCAUCGUGGAAAUACGCCUGGAACAGAACUCCAUCAAAGCCAUCCCCGCAGGAGCCUUCACCCAAUAUAAGAAGCUAAAGAGGAUAGACAUCAGCAAGAAUCAGAUAUCCGACAUAGCACCAGAUGCAUUCCAGGGCUUAAAAUCCCUCACCUCGCUGGUUCUCUAUGGAAACAAGAUCACUGAGAUUUCCAAGGGCUUAUUCGAUGGACUUGUGUCCCUGCAGUUGCUGCUUCUCAAUGCCAACAAGAUAAACUGUCUGCGGGUGAACACCUUCCAAGAUCUGCAUAACCUCCACCUGCUCUCCCUGUAUGACAAUAAGCUGCAAACCAUCAGCAAAGGUCUCUUUGCUCCUCUUCAGUCCAUCCAGACACUACAUUUAGCCCAAAACCCAUUUGUGUGCGACUGCCACUUGAAGUGGCUGGCUGACUACCUCCAGGAUAACCCAAUCGAGACGAGUGGGGCCCGCUGCAGCAGCCCGAGGCGCCUCGCCAACAAGCGCAUCAGCCAAAUCAAGAGCAAGAAGUUCCGCUGCUCAGGUUCUGAGGACUAUCGGAACAAGUUCAGUGGGGAUUGCUUCAUGGACCUUGUGUGUCCUGAGAAGUGUCGCUGUGAAGGCACCAUCGUGGACUGCUCUAACCAGAAACUCGUCCGGAUCCCCAGCCACAUUCCAGAAUAUGUGACUGACCUACGCCUCAAUGACAAUGAAAUCUCUGUCCUGGAAGCCACUGGGAUCUUCAAGAAACUGCCCAACCUGAGGAAGAUAAACCUGAGCAACAACAAGAUCAAGGAGGUGCGAGAAGGUGUCUUUGAUGGGGCGGUCAACGUGCAGGAGCUGAUGCUGACGGGGAACCAGCUGGAGCUGGUGCAUGGACGGAUGUUCCGUGGGCUCACCAGCCUCAAGACAAUGAUGCUCAGGAGCAACCUAAUCAGCUGUGUGAGCAAUGACACCUUCGCUGGGCUGAGCUCGGUGAGGCUGCUGUCCCUCUAUGACAACAGGAUCAGCACCAUCACUCCGGGGGCCUUCGCCACCCUUGUCUCCCUGUCAACCAUAAACCUGCUUUCCAACCCCUUCAACUGCAACUGCCAUCUGGCAUGGCUAGGGAAAUGGUUGAGGAAGAGGAGAAUUGUCAGUGGGAAUCCUCGGUGCCAGAAGCCUUUCUUCCUCAAGGAGAUUCCUAUCCAGGAUGUGGCCAUCCAAGACUUCACCUGUGAUGGUAAUGAUGAAAGCAGCUGCCAACUGGCUCCUCGAUGUCCCGAGCAGUGUACCUGUGUGGAGACUGUGGUUCGUUGCAGCAAUAAGGGGCUCCGGGUCCUCCCCAAAGGCAUCCCCAAGGAUGUGACUGAGCUAUACCUGGAAGGAAACCAUUUAACAACUGUACCUAAAGAGCUGUCCACCCUCAGACACCUGACACUAAUUGACUUGAGCAAUAACAGCAUCAGCGUCCUGGCCAAUUACACCUUCAGCAACAUGACUCAGCUCUCCACACUCAUCUUGAGCUACAACCAGCUGCGCUGCAUUCCAAUCCAUGCCUUCAAUGGCCUGCGGUCUCUUCGAGUGUUAACUCUUCAUGGCAAUGACAUUUCCAGUGUUCCUGAGGGCUCAUUUAAUGACCUGACCUCUCUUUCCCAUCUAGCCCUGGGAACCAACCCCCUGCACUGUGACUGCAGCCUACGAUGGCUUUCGGAGUGGGUGAAGGCAGGCUACAAGGAGCCAGGAAUUGCCCGGUGCAGCAGCCCUGACCAUAUGGCAGACAGGCUCUUGUUGACAACACCUACCCACCGCUUCCAGUGUAAAGGCCCAGUGGACAUCAGCAUUGCAGCCAAGUGUGACCCCUGCCUCUCUGGUCCAUGCAAGAACAAUGGGACCUGCAGCAAGGAUCCAGUGGAACUAUACCGUUGUUCCUGCCCCUAUGGCUACAAGGGCCGAGAUUGCAACAUGCCCAUCAACACCUGCAUCCAGAACCCCUGUCAGCACGGAGGGACUUGCCACCUCAGCGAAACCAAUAGGAAUGGAUUCAGCUGUUCCUGCCCUCUGGGUUUUGAGGGGGAACGAUGUGAGAUCAACCCAGAUGACUGUGAGGAUAACGACUGCGAGAAUAACUCCACCUGUGUAGAUGGAAUCAACAAUUAUGUGUGCGUGUGCCCGCCCAACUUUACAGGAGAGUUAUGUGAUGAAGUGAUUGACCACUGCGUCCCUGAGAUAAACCUGUGCCAGCACGAGGCCAAGUGUAUUUCCCUGGACAAAGGAUUCAGGUGUGAGUGUCCUCCUGGCUACAGUGGGAAGCUCUGUGAGACUGAUGAUGAUGACUGUGUGGCCCACAAAUGCCGUCAUGGGGCCCAAUGUAUAGACACUGUCAAUGGCUACACCUGCAUCUGCCCCCAGGGCUUCAGUGGUCUCUUCUGUGAGCACCCCCCACCCAUGGUGCUGCUGCAGACUAGUCCCUGUGACCAGUACGAGUGCCAGAACGGGGCCCAGUGCAUCGUGGUACAACAGGAGCCCACCUGCCGUUGCCUCCCUGGAUUUGCUGGGCAGAGGUGCGAGAAGCUCAUCACUGUCAAUUUUGUGGGCAAGGACUCCUAUGUGGAGCUGGCCUCUGCCAAGAUCCGGCCCCAGGCCAACAUCUCCCUGCAGGUGGCAACCGACAAGGACAAUGGCAUCUUGCUCUACAAAGGAGACAAUGACCCCUUGGCACUGGAGCUAUACCAGGGGCACGUGAGACUGGUCUAUGACAGCCUGAGCUCUCCCCCCACUACCGUGUACAGUGUGGAGACUGUGAAUGAUGGGCAGUUUCAUAGUGUGGAGCUUGUGAUGUUAAACCAGACCUUGAACCUGGUAGUGGACAAAGGAGCCCCCAAGAGUUUGGGAAAACUCCAGAAGCAGCCAACAGUUGGUACCAAUACUCCUCUUUACAUUGGAGGAAUACCCACGAGCACAGGCCUCUCAGCCUUGCGCCAGGGCACAGACCGAACCUUGGGUGGCUUCCACGGCUGUAUCCAUGAUGUCCGCAUCAACAAUGAACUCCAGGAUUUCAAGGCCCUGCCCCAACAGUCCCCAGGUGUCUUCCCAGGCUGCAAGUCAUGCACCAUCUGCAAGCAAGGCAUGUGUCGUUCUGUGGAGAAGGGCAGUGUGGUCUGCGAGUGCCACCCAGGCUGGACAGGACCACUGUGUGACCAAGAAGCUGGAGAUCCCUGUCUCAACCAUAGAUGUGUCCAUGGAAAGUGUGUGGCUUCGGGCUCUACAUACACAUGCAGGUGUGCUGAGGGCUAUGUGGGAACCUCUUGUGACCAGAAGAAUGACUCGCUGAACCCCUGCCGGGACUUCAGGUGCUACCAUGGGCAGUGCCACAUCUCUGAGAGAGGGCAGCCCUACUGCGAGUGUGAGCCCGGCUUCAGCGGGGAGCACUGUGAACGAGAAAGCCAGUGCCAGGGAGAGGUGGUACGAGAAGUGAUCCGCCGGCAACAGGGCUAUGCUUCAUGUGCUACAGCCUCUAAAGUGCCCCUGAUGGAGUGCCGGGGGAGCUGCGGCUCCCAGUGCUGCGUCCCCAUACGUAGCAAGCGACGGAAAUACGUCUUUCAGUGCACAGAUGGUUCCUCGUUCGUGGAGGAGCUGGAGAGACAUGUGGAAUGUGGGUGUCACAAAUGCUCCUAAUCCCCUCUUCCCCAAGUCUCCACCACUCUGAGGAGGCAGGCACUGCCAGACAUCGGCUCAAUGGGGAUGUCAAAAAUGGGACCUUGUUACUUUGAGUUGAAGAGGAAGAAGAGAAAUAUUAAGUAUAUUGUAAAAUAAACAAAAAAUAGAACUUAUUUUUAUUAUGGAAAGUGACUAUUUUCAUCUUUUAUUAUAUAAAGUAUCACACCAUUUGGGUAUAUGUAUCAUAUAGUGAGUUAUUUUUACUGAGGUUUUCGUUUUGUGGUGUUGUUUUUUAACAGUUGUUUAAAAUUCUAAGAAAAUGACUAAUAAAAAUUUUAAAAGGAUAAUAAAAGAAGUCAUACAUAGCCUGCCCAAGAAAUAAGAGGAAAGUUUAUAUGCUUAUACAAUAGUAUCAAGUCAGAAGAGACCCACAUAAUACUGAAGUCCUUGGGGAGGGUGGGGGGAAUCAUAUAGGAGAAGCAAAAGGGGGAAAAAAAUCUUUCCCUUCCUUCCUUGCUUCCUUCUUUUUUCCCUUCUUCCAGAGAACCACCUAGAUCCCAAGAGAAACUGUUGUAACAGUGGCCAGUAUUCAGGCCUUGGACCUAGAUAUGCUCCUGAACUUUUUCCUGUUCUCAGGCCUCAUCUAUGUUGUAUUCUGGUCUGGCCUCAGUUCUUUCCCUGCCUCUUCACCUCCACUCAAGACCCCAAAGUUUAGGACAGAGAGAAGAGCGUGCUGGCUUGAGAUCCCUUUCCCACGGGAGGAGAGCUGAGCUCUCCCAUACAUUCACUGUUUCAAGCCAGGGGCCUAAUGGAUAUCUCCCCACUUCCCUCUCUCCUUCCAUUCCCCCGUUCCCCUCCUGAUCCUUCUAUUACAAACGGCUUAAGUCAAUCAAUCAACAAACAUUUAUUAAGCGCUUACUUUGUGCCAGGCACUGCGCUAAGUAAGCACCAGAGAUACAAAGAGAGGGGAAACCGUGGAUCAUGGGGCCCUAGAGCAUCUUCCUGGGGACUCGUUAAAUAUAAGCUCUGUCCCAAUCUCCCCAUGGAGCUACUCGUGCUAGAAGGCUAGCAGCCUUUUCCAUUUUUCAUAUAUUGGCCAGUGGGCAGCCUAGGUGGUGGCUGUGGUGCAGAGAACUUUAUGUCUUUCUUAUUCCAGCCCCUAUUCAUAAAAUGAGUAGCAAUAGGGAAACCGAGAGCCAGUUGGAAAAAGAACCAAGCACCGAAGCCCAAGUCUCCUGACCCAUGAUGUUUUUUACCAUGCCAAUUGAUGGAGCAACCAGAAAAAAGCAAGGAAAAUGGCUUCAGAUUUGUCCCUUUUUUCUUUGACCUCGCAUCUCUCUCAAGAUUUUCCCAUAGAGGUCCAAGAAGCUACCUGAAACACGUAGGAAAUUUAUCCCCCUGGGCUACUCAGAUAUGUUUCAGGUUUGGCCAAAUCAACCAGGACAGGCCCUCCCAGAUGGUUAGCAAGAAGUGCUGGGUAUUUGGGGGUUAAGCAAAUGGCUCACGUCCUGAACCAGGCCAUCUUUAAAGGCAACGUUUCUGACUCAAUAACUAGCUCUACUAUAAAGAGGGGGAGAUGCUUUAUAAAAAUUAUAUGAUAGUGCCACUGCCCCAUAUGAACUUGUGUUUGUUUUAUUAAUGGACUCAUAUUCUAAUGUCAUUUUAAAUAAAUGGUUGGGUUACAGAGGGGCCAUCAUAUGCUCUGAUGAAUACUGUGACUUAGUACUAUUCUAUGGUGUGUUUUUCUUGCUAAUUGUGUUCUUACCCUACUCUGGUGUUUCUAAAUUGAUUGGUUUCCUGGGGCUAAAGCUAUUCCUCCCCUUUUCCCUGCCUUUGGAGGGGGAACCCUGGCAACCCCAGUGUGGAAAAGAACCUGAAGGAAGUUCAUGGACUGACUGAGACUAGGAGAUUGGGAAUUAUGCCUAAAAAGGAAAGGCAAGCUCAUGCCCAGAGCAAAUGAAACAUCAACGGAGAACUGGACUCUGCCAGCCCCUUAAUCUCAGACAUCUCAUCUGCUCACCUCAGGGACAUGCAGAAUAUCUGUCUAGAACACUCGAGCCAUGGCAGAGGGGAGACACAAUAUGCAAUAAGUUUGGGUUGUGGGGAAGAGAGCUGGAGGUGAUGAUGAUGAAAAGAAAAGUGGAAGGAUGGGUUGGGACCAGAUUCUAAAAAACCUGGAAUGUUAAGGGGUUUGUUGUUGUUGUUGUUGUCGUGGGCUGCUUUUGUUCUUGUUUUUUGCAGUACUCUCUAGUGCCUAAUUAAAUACAUUUUUAAUUCCCCUCUGAUCCUGGAGUGAGAGAUUCAGGAAGAGCCAGCUUAUGAUUCGAGCCUGAGGAUAACUUUAUAGGCAGGAGACCUGUCUGCCCUCUGGCUGGUCACUGAGGUCCUACAGACUGAACUGUGCUGAAACAUGCCCGGAAAGUCCCUGACAUAGACACUAGGACAUGUCCAAAGUGAGCAAAGAUAUACAAGUGAACAGUGGAUAGUACCUCCUCCCCUUGAACCCUCUUUACAGUGCCGAUGGGGGGAUGUUAGAAAAGUGUCCAUGUCUUAGGGCUAGAGGACGCAGAGGAAAACUAAGCUUCCAAAGGCGCCACCUUGCAUUCUGAAAGUCAUUCCCACCACAUUGGCAGGUGUUAUUUAAUCUAGUUCAAUUCAGUAAACAUUAAUUAAGUGCCUACUGUUUGCAGAGCACACAUUGAGUCCUAGGAAAGACAAAAGAUUAAAUAAAACAGCGUCUGUCAUUGAGAUUGCAGAAAGAAACCCCACAUAAACAGAUAACUAUAACAUGCUAAGUCCAUGAGAAAUGAAAAGGGUUAUAUGAGCCUCAGGGCAAAAGGAGUAAAACCUGAGAUUUCAGAGAAGGUUUCAUGAAGGUGGUCUGGCAUAGUGAAAAAAGAGAGCAGAAUUUGGAGUUUCAGGGCCUCACUUUGAAUCUCAGACCUGAUGCAUUUUUACUCUGGACAAGUCCCAGGCCCGUCAUCUGUAACAUAAGGCAAUUGUGACUGAUCUGUAAGAGUCCUUCCAGGCCUAGGCCCUAUGACAUUAGUGGGGGUAUUUCAAUUGGGCUCCAAAGAAUAGGGAAGAUAACAACGAGGGAAAUUUGAACUGGGAAAAAGAGAGCAUUCUAAAGUAUAGGGAAAAGCAUGGGGCGGGGGGGUGGGGGGGGGACCCAGGAUUGGACAGUCCAAGGAGUACACAGGAAAGAAUGAGAAGGGACAAGGCAAGUUGCCCAUUUUUACCUAGAGCACUGAGGGAAUAGAGGAUAGGAUUAUGAUAACUAGAUGGAAAAGUAGAGUGAUCCCAAGAUGGUAGAGAGCUUUGGAUUUCAGUCAAAGGAAUCUGAACUCCACUCAGUUUACUAGGGAGCCACUGAAGAGAGCUGAACAAAGUGAUAUCACCCCAUUCUAUGAAUAAGAAAAAUUAGUCUUGCAGAAGUGUUCCCCACCCCCCCCAUGGAAACAGGAACCCGCUGAUCCUAGUAAAUAUACAUGCUACAAGGCAGGGGUCCUUGGGAUACUAGUUAAGAGCCCUAAGGAGGAAUCUUUUAGGCCAAUGGUUUUCAAACUUUUCAUCUUAGAAUUUCGUAUACUUUUCUAGAUUAUUAAGGACCACGAAGAGCUUUUGUUUUUAUGGGUGAUUUUUUUAUCGACAUUUACCACAUUAAAAAAAAAACAAAAACGGAUCAUUUAAAAAAUAUUAAUUCAUCUAAAAAUAGCACACCCACUAUGUUAACCUAACAUUAUAUUAACGGUAACUAUUUUCCAAAGCUUUUGUAAGAAAAAACCCACGGUUUUACAUAUUUUUGUAAAUCUCUUUAAAGUCUAGUUUACUAGAAGAGAAUUGUCGUCUCAUAUCUGCUUUUGCAUUCGAUCUGUUGCUAUGUUGUUUUGGUUGAAGUAUAUGAAGAAAAUCUAGCCCGACACAGAUGUAUGCUUUGAAAAGGAAAUAGCAUUUGAGUAGACAAACGUCAUCUGCGUAUUAUUGUGGAAAGAGUUCUGACCUCACAAACCCCCUGCCAGGGUGUCAGGGACUUCCAGGGCUCCAAGGAGCGCCGACGGACCGUUAGGGAAUCUGCUUAUACUCCCUAAGCGAGUUCCCCUACCUUCCAUGGGCUUGUGUUUUAGGAAGCAAUGCUGAGGCCACGGCCCGUUACUGCUCCAUCUCUAGCUGUCGGUGUUCCCACGGACUUGCCCAAGGCCAGUGGGGUAAAAGAGCUGCCAGGAGUCCGGGGUCCUGUUUUCUCUGAUCCACCUUUUAUUGGCUUGGCUUACCUCAGUGUUGGUUUUCCUUUGCAUGCCUCUUUCUGGAUAUAAGCCAGAGCCGCGCUCCUUGCUCGGAGAUUAACGAUGGUUUCUCAUGGCCUAUAAGAUAAAACCUUCCUUUUAAAAUAUUUCACAGUAUGGACCCAAUAUGCCCUUAGGCCCUCGGAGAACCUGCUGCAUUCAUACCGGUCUCUUGAGUGUCCCCUAGACUCACUGAAGCCCUGCCCCCUCCUCUGGACCUAUUCGCAUCCUAUCUUUCAAAAUAAGUCUUUCAAAGUCUUUUUUUUUUUAAGGCAAACAGGGUUAAGUGACUUAGCCAGGGUCACACAGCUAGCAAGUGGUUGUCAAAGCCCAAAUUUAAUCUGACUUCAUCAGAGGAUACUAGGAUCAUAGAUUUAGAGCUAGAAGGGACCUCAGAAGUCAUCUAGUCCUACCCCUCAUUUUAAGAAUGAGAAAAGUGAACCAAAGGCUGUGACUCGUCCACGGUCACACAGGUUGUAAGUGGCCAAGCCAAUAUUUGAACCCAGCUUCUUGGGAUCCAAAUCCAGGGUUCUUUCCAUCAUGCUGUGCUUUCCUUGACCACUCUAACCCAUAUUGUUCUUUCCCUUCUCUGAAUGCCCAUGCAGUUACUACUUGUACCCCUCUUCUUGGCAUGGAAUCACACACUGCCUUGCUCUGUUGUUUAACUAUUUGGUAGGUGUUUGUUUCAUCUCUUCACAAAGACUGUAAGUUCUUCCAGGACAGGGAACUUAUACUUCUCUUUUACUGAUAGCGCCUGGUACAGUGCUGAGCACAUUGCAGGUGCGAAAUAAAGAUGAAUUGAAUUGA